UCCCGCAUUUACGCUACAUCGACAUAAUGCCAGAAAAACCAAGGAAAGAGCAGGCCUAAUUUUUGGCUAAAACGUAGAAGGGAAAACGUCCUAAUAGGGGGUCAGACUAAGAGCAAAGUUGAGAUUUAGAUGAGCUCUUAAAAUAUGAAACCCUACCAAGUUGGGAACUUUCAUCAGAUUUAGCUCCACUGUUGUUGAAAUGCCUAGAAGCCACUUACUAUUAGCCUCCUAGUCUCGACGGGGAAUACCCCAUCUGCGGCUCGAAGGUAAGGUUGACUAGGAAACUUAUUUAAACCCUCAACUAAAGCAUACUGUAACCAAGAUGGCCAUGUUAUUGCAACUGUUACUCACUUCUCUCAUCCUGCACCAAGUGUAUGCCUAUAAGCCGCUUGUAAUUGUUCAUGGAAUAUUUUCUGAUCCUACACAUUUUGAUGGAUUUGUUAAGAUGGUUACAAAGGCCCACCCAGGGACAAACAUCACUGUUAUUAAAGCAUUCGAUGGACCUGACAGUCUCGCCCCUUUAUGGAGCCAAGUGGAAAAAUUCCGGAGUGAUGUGAAGGCAGUUGUAGACAAUAAUCCACAAGGAAUACACCUAUUAUGCUACUCACAAGGAGGUGUAAUCUGCCGAGGUUUGAUCGCUACUUUUCCAAAUCAUAAAAUUGAUACAUUUAUCAGCUUAUCAUGUCCUCUACUAGGCCAGUACGGUGUAACUGAUGUCGUCAAAAAGUACAUCCGAGCAAAGUUCAGGGAAGAUGUUUACAAAAUAUGUUACACAGAAGCUUUUCAGGUUGUAUCAGUGUGCAAUUAUUGGAAUGAUCCUCAUCAGCGAGAGAAGUACUUGAAAGAAAAUAUAUACCUUCCACCGCUCAACAAUGAAACUUAUAAUUCCAAGAGUCUUGAAUGGAAGAAAAAUUUUCUUCAGUUAAAGAAGUUAAUUUUGAUUGGCGGGCCAGAUGAUGGGGUCAUAACCCCAUGGCAGUCAAGUCAAUUUGGCUUCUAUGAUGCAAAUGAGAACAUUGUUGAGAUGACAAAUCAAGAAGUUUUCCUCAAAGAUUCAUUUGGCUUGCAAAGCAUGCAUGAUAGCGGCAGAAUUCAAACUUACACCAUCUCUGGAGUAGCGCAUACAUCCUGGCAUGACAAUCAGACUGUGUUUGACAAAUGCAUUGAGCCUUGGUUGACAUAGAGCACAGAUGGACGAAGUGCGGCCCACUUGCCAGAUGCGGCCCAACAUCAUUGUUGUCGUGGCCUCAAAAAUAAAAAAUAAAAAACCUUUGUGUGGCCACCUAAUGUUAUCAACCUAAUUAUUGCAUAGAGAUAGGGAUUUGACCAUUUUAUAUUUCAAUUUGGAAAUAUAUUUGGUGCUUAUGUUUUGAUAAACAUUAUUUAUUGCAUCAUGAGACAUAUAGCACAUAGAAAGUUUGUAAUAAUAUAUACUCUAUGAAUCCAAAAACACUCACUAUUAGUGAAGAGCAUUAUAUCGAUACAGGAUGUACCUGAUUGGUCAAUUUUUACCCUUGACCUCUUUAAGAUUCUUUGUAUAGUUGGAAGUUCAGUUUUAUAAGCUUUUACAUAAGUGUAUGAAAUAAAUAAUGUACAAGUCAGCUGAUAUAAAUAUGCAUAAUAUAUUUUUUUAAUAUAUCGUAUUUACAGAGUCUUUGUCAUGUUUGCCAAGAAUAUUUUUAAAGAUAUCUUUUAUUUAUAUAUAUGCAGAGAUACAAGUUGUAGAAUAUAUAAUACUCAGUGUUUACAAAUGCAAUGCACGUAAAGUUUUUAGAUUAGUUUGUACAAAUACUUUGUUUAAAAUAAUCUUGAAAUAUUGUAGAUAUACCAAAAAACCUUGAAUUGAAGCCCUGGGCCUCUUGUUUUUUGGGGUUUUUUUUGUGAACUUUGGAUGGGCUUCUUUUCGAGAUGG